UAAUGUCCCAGAUACAUCAGAAAUGAUCGUUAGCAUCGCGUACGUGGGACGUGUCAGGCUGGUUUGACAGCUUCCUGUUUGUGUAGCUAGCAGCGAGCUUAGUGACACGGACACUGUUUUAAAUACCUUCGAUGUUUGGAAAAGGCUUCUUGUUCCUCGAAGUACCUCACACCAGUGUCCUGGUUGUGUUUACGUAACUCCUGUGCGUCAUCUCGACGAGGAACCGGUGUGUUUUAUAGGACUGUUAUCGGCCAUAACUUCACCCAGUGAAACUACAGUCUGUUGUGAUGUCGGAGCCUAAGCCCCCUACUCCAACCCCUGGAGACAUGUACAAGGGUUGGCUCUUCAAAUGGACGAACUACAUUAAAGGUUACCAGAGACGCUGGUUUGUUCUGAGCAAUGGACUUUUGUCUUAUUACAGGACCCAGGCAGAGAUGGGUCACACAUGCAGAGGCACCAUCAACUUGGCCACAGCCAAUAUUGCCGUGGAGGACUCUUGCAAUUUUGUCAUUUCCAACGGAGGCGCGCAGACCUACCACUUGAAGGCCAGCUCAGAAGUAGAGCGGCAGCGAUGGAUCACUGCUCUGGAGCUCGCCAAGGCAAAGGCCGUCCACAUGCAGGCUGAAUCUGAUGACUCGGGUGACGACUGUCCCGCAGCGCCCCCCACCUCGGGACAGAGUGGAGGCUGCCGUAACUUAGAAAUCCAGUCCACACUUCGCACACUCGGCAGCAAGGUGGAGGACCUCAACACCUGCAAUGAUCUCAUUGUCAAGCAUGGGUCGGCCCUCCAAAGGUCUUUGUCAGAACUGGAGGGGAUUCGUGUCGCAGGAGACAUGGGGGAAAAGAUGAGACAAGUCACAGAGAGAGCCACACUGUUCAGAAUCACCUCUAACGCCAUGAUUAACGCGUGUAGAGACUUCCUCUCCCUGGCCCAGAGUCACAGUAAGCGCUGGCAGAAGGCCUUGCAGGUUGAACGAGACCAAAGGAUACGGCUGGAGGAGACUCUGGAGCAGCUGGCCAAACAGCACAAUCACCUGGAAAGAGCUUUCAGAGGAGCUACAGUUCUCCCCCCUUCAUUCAGCAAUCCCGCCUUAGCUAACAAAGGUGGUGGUCCAGUAAAAGGUGAUGCCAGUGACGAGGAUGAUGACAAUGAGUUCUUUGAUGCUAUGGAGGACCCAGCAGCGUUUAUCACUGUCCCUGCUGACCCCAAGUAUCACAGGAGAUCUGGCAGCAACAUCAGUGGGAUCAGCAGUGAGACUGGAAUGGACGAUCAGUCAGUAAAUUUUGAUGAACAGUCUUUGGCAUCCAACCCAGAGUCGCCACAGACUCUUGAGCUGGAGCCUGUUAGACAACGACGGACUCGUAUCCCCGACAAGCCCAACUAUUACCUCAAUCUGUGGAGCAUCAUGAAGAAUUGUAUUGGAAAGGAGCUCUCAAAGAUACCAAUGCCUGUGAAUUUCAAUGAGCCCCUCUCAAUGCUGCAACGUCUGUCUGAAGACCUGGAGUACUACGAGCUGCUGGAUAAGGCUGCUAAAUGUCAGAGCUCUCUAGAGCAGAUGUGUUAUGUGGCCGCUUUCACAGUCUCUUCGUACUCCACCACUGUCCACCGCACGGGGAAACCCUUCAAUCCUCUGCUGGGAGAAACCUUUGAGCUUGAUCGGCUAAAAGAUUGUGGCUACCGCUCCCUCUGUGAACAGGUGAGUCACCACCCACCUGCUGCAGCUCACCAUGCCAGCUCUGAGAAGGGCUGGAACCUCAGACAAGAAAUUACCCUGGCCAGCAAGUUUAGAGGAAAAUAUCUCUCGAUCAUGCCUUUGGGUUCUAUCCAGUGCUUAUUUGACAAGAGCGACAAUCACUACUCUUGGAAGAAAGUGACUACAACUGUACACAACAUCAUUGUUGGAAAGUUAUGGAUUGACCAGUCAGGGGAGAUAGAUGUGGUGAACCACAAGACGGGAGAUCGCUGCCACCUCAAGUUUGCUCCCUACAGUUACUUCUCCAGAGAUGUACCAAGAAAGGUAACAGGAGUAGUAGCUGAUAAGGAUGGGAAGGCCCAUUACGUGCUAUCGGGAACCUGGGAUGAGAAGAUGGAGUUUUCCAGGAUAAUGCAGAGCAGUAAAGGCGAGAACGGCACCGAAGGCAAACAGAGGACUGUCUAUCAGACCCUCAAAGCCAAAGAAAUCUGGAGAAAGAACCCCUUACCAGAGGGGGCAGAGAACAUGUACUUCUUCUCCUCCCUGGCCUUGACGCUCAAUGAGCCUGAGGAGGGAGUGGCGCCAACAGACUGUCGACGGCGCCCCGACCAGAAGUUAAUGGAGGACGGCCGCUGGGAUGAGGCGAACGCAGAGAAACAGAGGCUAGAAGAGAAACAGCGCACCGUCCGCCGAGAAAGGGAGAGGGAGGCUGUUAAAGCAGCCAGCUCACCCGAGGAAGCUGUCACUGAGGAUUCAAUCAAUGAUUCACCCUCGAAAACUGAUGCAAGGGAGACUGGCACAGACGCAAAUGAGGGUUUUGAUGAAAGCACUCAUCCAGACAACUACACGGCAAUGUGGUUCGAGAAGUUGGACGACCCCGUAUCCGGAGAGACCUUGCACGUCUACAAGGGCGGUUACUGGGAGGCAAAGGAACAGGGCGGCUGGGACAUGUGCCCUGACCUCUUCUGAUGACAGUGGAGUCGGCCUCUAUUCCUCUGUGGUGUACAAAACUUACAUCAGCUAAAAAUGGGGAUUCAAGCCUGACAUCAACCUGUCUUCAAUGUCCGUAGCUUCAACUGAUCUCCCCCCCCCCCACCACACACACUCGGUCCCCCUUGUCCAGCAGUGAUUUGCUCAGGGUUAAGGGCAUCUGGACUUUACCCUCAACGCAGAUACGAUGCACACUGUAACAUUGUUGUAACAUUGCAGCUGAUUAGUGUUCAGAAUUCCCUCUCACUGCCUCUCAAACACUGAUGGUUAUCUUAGUCCACUGCUUGUUCUCACUCCAGGGUUCUUUGGCCUUCGAGUUGCAGCUGGCAGCAAGUUAUUCUAACAAUGUCAUUAUGCAUUUUCUUUAAAAGCACUAUUAUCAGAAGCAUAAUUCAUCCAGAUGACAUCUUUCAAUAUACAAGGUUUGCUUGUAGAGAGUCAGCGACUACAGAACAUGUGAUUUAUGCAUUUGUUUUUGUUGUGCACUCCUGAUUAAGACUUUUGCAAUGAAUUUAUUGAAGCUUCCCCAGCACUGCCCAAUGUUGUUUUAUUCCAACACCGUAACAAUUCACUAUACCAGUUUCAGACCAUAUGCAUAGAUGCCAGAAGACAGAUGAAUGCUGUUUCUUGUAAAUAAUGGUGUAUUUGAACAAUUUUCUUUGCACUGGUUUAAAAUUAGAAGUGUCACAAACACCUAGACAUGAUACAAAGUUUGCCUUUGAAUUUAUGGUAGUUUGGGACUCUGGAGGUAUACUAUAUCUACAUAUUAGCCUUCUUUAAUUUUUACAAUUAACUAGUCUAUUCAAAAAUCAGUUUGUGAUUUUUCCUCCCAAUUCCCCUGUAAAAUACAUAAAUACAUGGUAGCUGUGAGGAGAUGUGAAAGUAGUUCCUUAUGAUUGUACCACUCCUCAUAUUUAGGCCUCGUUAAGUCUGGUUUGGUCAUUUAACAACAAUAUUUGUGGGUCUACACAUAAGUCAUUACAUAUACACGCAGUUGUUUUUUAACCUUUCUUUUCACUAUAGAACAAUAAAUUGUAAGGUUUUUUUUAUUGGGGAAGAAUAAUUAAAUUUUUCUAUGUAGCACAUUAAGUUGAAUAAAAUAUAUGUUCUUUAUUUUAUAUGAUACCAUUUUGAAUACUAUAUGAAUUAAAAUAGUGGUAACAAAUGUAUAAGUACCGAUGGAAAUAUGAAGUAAAAAAAUUACCAAUGGCACUAUUUUUUUUUUUUCCUUGUAUUUUGUCCAACAAUUCAUUUUAAAGAGUUGCUUAAGACUAAAUCACAUGUACAGUCACUACAUUACACUCUAAAUUGAUUUUGUUCCCAUUCUAAAGUCGUCCCAUCCCAUAAUUCUGUCCCGUAGAACCUCAAGAGCCGAUGAAAAAAAUCUGUGUUUUAUGAUACACCAUGACCGGGAACGGGAUGAUCGGAUUAUUCAGAUUAACAGCCUUUUCUGAUUCUCCACCCAAGUACACUAUUUUCAGACUUGUAUUUUCAUACCUGAAGUGUGUGCCCUCACCAACGCUGAGAUCAAUGGUUUAAAUUCUGCUCUCAAAGUAAACACUGAGAGUCACCAGCUGAGCUGUGUGCUGAUUUCUACUGGCGUGAGGCUUCUAGUAAAUUUGAAGUGAAAUAUGAGGCUCUUUGUCUUUCCCGUUUCCCCUCAAACGUACCGAUAAUAGCUUUAAUCUUGAUGUAUUGUAGUCGUCGUGUUUUGCGAGUGUAGUUUUUUAACGGACAGCAAUAAGAGUGCCUCAGUGCGUAUAUAUACAUGUAGCACAAAAUGAAAUGUGUGAAGUGACAUUGCUAAAACUGGAAAAACUGAAACCUGUCAUUGUAUGCGUCUGUGUUGUUUGUCAUUGGAAUGGAAGGACUGUGUGGUUGAUGAAAAAUCUAAAUUUCAUUUUAUAUUCAAGUGUACUGAAAAUGAAGAUCACAAAAAAAAAGGUUAUAUUUCUGUAUAAAUAUAUUAAAUAGUAAAGUAAUUGUGAUAUUAACUGGUUGUAUUGAUAGAGAAUCUAAUGGCGGUGAUGCACUUUUGCUUUAUUUUUUUGUUGCUUUGGUUCAUUGUUUACUCAGUACUGGAUGUAUACUGUGUUACAUGAGUCACCCUCUACCAGCUAGGAUAGCUUUAUUUUAAAUGACAUUCAUUUGUUUGGGUCUGAACCAUCACUUCGUUUGAUUUACUGUGUCUUCACACAGCAUUUAAGUACAGGUUGAAGAGUGUGUGAGGAAUGUACAGCCUCCUCUAUGUCUCUUAGAUUUCAGAUUUUACAGGUUUCCGUCUGUUCUGUCUCAUUCAACAUUUGUAUAAUCUUGAUUUUUUUUAGCCGUGGCUCCUAAUUUCUGAAGUUUCUACCCUUUUCAUCACUUUCAGUGUUUUCCAGCUGAGUUUGUUUUUGGCCUGCAAGGUGGAGAUGGUCACAAUGCCACAGCUUCCCACAAUUGACUCACGUUUGUUCUUGCACUAACAUACAGUGCAUUAGGUAUAGUGCCCUACUUGAUGUUGGCCACUGAAGUGUUGAGCUUGUUUUGACAACUUUUCCUGAGCCAUGUUAAGUAUUGCAAACAUGUGUCCAUUGGUUAAAAUAUACAUAUGUAUUGACUCACUGUUUUACAGUACUUUUAACCUUUUGUGUCCUUCAAUGCAGUUUUCUUUAGCAGGAUUGUGUUAGGGGUUGACAAUAUUAAAGUCUGAAUGGAAA